UCCUUUGUUACUCUGUUCCUUAACCAUUGUCUAUUGCACUCGAACUUUCUUUGGACUUCCACACACACAGACGCUCUCUCUCAGACGCUUUUCAGUGAACCGAACACCGAUGGCGGUGUGGACAGGCGCCGCUCGCCAAUCCGCUUAUCUCGUUCGGCGUUCCUCCCUUAAAACGGCUUCCUCUGCUUCCCUUAUACAUCGGCGCGGUCUUGCCGGAGGAGGCGAUCAUCAGGGACCUCCAAAGGUGAACUUUUGGCAGGACCCAUUGCACCCAUCUAGAUGGAAAGAAGAACACUUUGUGAUUGUCUCUUUAGCUGGAUGGGGGCUACUUUUCUAUGGAGGUUACAAGUACUUCACUAAAGGCAAAAAGAACAAGGAAGAUCAGAAAGUAGGAGAAAAAUCACACUAGCUUUUCUUCUGGGGCUGUUCUAGAGGAAGUUCAAUGCGCAAACAGUCCUUAAAACUUUGACCUGUAAAAAGAAAAGUGCCGUUACUGUUAGUGAUUUCUGGAAUGGAGUGUUUUUUUUUUUUUUUUGGUAAUAAUGAAUUCCUGGCGUUCGGAUGGAGCAGUUUUCUAUGUACUCGCUGGAUAAGGAUGCUUUGCAGUGUAAAUUGUAAUAUGAAACGGGCUAGAUUUGGCCUGCUUUUGGUCGUUC